GCCACACCCCGGCGAUCCAGGCCCGUGAUUCGCAAGUGCGCAGGCGCACGUGCCCUUCCGCGCAUGGGCAGUGCAGUUCAGAGCCCGCCAGCCACGGUCUCGGGCGCCAGCUACGCGGCUGCCGCUGUCACUAUGGCCCAUUACAAAGCCGCAGACUCGAAGCGCGAGCAGUUCCGGAGGUACUUGGAGAAGUCAGGGGUGCUGGACACGCUGACCAAGGUAUUGGUAGCCUUAUAUGAAGAACCAGAAAAACCUAAUAGUGCUUUGGAUUUUUUAAAGCAUCACUUAGGAGCUGCUACCCCAGAAAAUCCAGAAAUAGAGCUGCUUCGCCUAGAAUUGGCAGAAAUGAAAGAGAAAUAUGAAGCUAUUAUAGAAGAAAAUAAAAAACUGAAAGCAAAGCUUGCUCAGUAUGAACCACCUCAGGAGGAGAAGCGUGCUGAAUAAGAUUCUUCUCAGUUGAAAAGACACUGAAAAAUGGUUUUGUAUGACUUGAAUAGUUUGUAUAGUAUAUAAUCUUUCAAACAGAUGCUAUAGAACUCUUUUAAUAUGUUAAAUUCACCAAUCACACUUUAAUUGUUAUAAAACACAAAUACUUAGAAUCACCAAUAAAAACUCAAUAUAACUCUCUUUGGGUCUUAAAAACAGGAGAAUCCAAAGCGAAUCCUGAAAAAAAUCUAAACACAACCAUUCAUUACCUUAAAAGACAUUUAUCAGUCUGAUUAUGAACGAUGGUGCAGGUUGUAUUUAACCAAGGAAAUUUAGCAGGGAGCUGUUCCUUGGUUUAAUUCAGGAUAUGAGCACAGGUAUAGUCAUUCUCCAAUAUGAGGAUGACACUGUUUAUAUUCUCUGUAGGCAGCUGGAGAGAUCUGUGUGACAGAAGAUGCUUUUGCAUGGGUUCCCACGAAUAUUCUGCUCGUUUAUGUAACGCGGAACAAAUAACUCUUCUUUUCCACCACUUUGCCUUAGAUAACGGUGUGUGCCAGUUUGAACUCUGACACCACGUUUUCCUUCUAUGCAAUCACGCCCUAUCUGAUAAUGUUGCCUUGCUUUGCUGUGUGCUUCGGUGUCUUUAGUUGCACAUUGGCCUUUCUGUGUUGUUUUUCAAUUUGCUAUAACUGCAGUUACUCUGAUUGUAAUUUAUAUAGUUUUAAACAGGAUCACACUGCUCCCCUUGCCUGCCUUAGUUAAGCACAGAACAGAGGCAAUAUAAGAUUCUGGAUUCAACGCACAAGCUGAGAUGAGAAGGGGAAUGAGCCAUAUAUUGUGGAAAAUCAUAGCUUGCAGGUAUAAUUAUAUAGUGCUUUUUUCCCUCCCUCAAAGUAUUUUUCUAGCCUUGAAUUCAUUUUAUCUUCAUUAUCCCUGUGAAGUAGGUAGGGCAAGAAUGAGGGGAGGUUGGGUGCUGACUUCUUAGGCCAAAGACUGAUAUUAAUACAAAUUAUUUACUAACUGUAGAACCUUGGGCACAUAGUUCACUGCUCUGAGAUUCACUUUCCUCAUCUGUUAAAUGAGAAUAAUAUCUGUGCUGCCUACCUCACAGGGUUGUUGUGAGGGUCAAAUGAGAAUGUAUGUGAAAGAUCUGUAAAUGGUAAAGCACUAUAUUCUUGUUUGUUA